GAUAAGUCCUGAUAAGUCCUCAGCAGUUGAUUUGUAGUAGGAUCACAAUCAGCUGAUGUAGUGUUCACUUGUCAUGGUUACAGUGCCGCUGUGCCGCUAUCUGGCAAUGAUGCAGAAAUCUUUAACAAAUCGGUGGAUCCAGACUAUAUCUGGCAUCACUGCCAAGAUCUAAUCACUUGGUCCUUGAGUCAUUUCUGACCUUCCCUGGAAAUUUCAUCCAAAUCCGUUGGUCUGUUUUCGAGAAAUGUUGUGCAUAGACGGAUUCACGUACGCCAAUCGUCACAUAACUCUGCUGUGUUCCUUGGCGGAUAUUAAUUAAUAUUAUUAUAUUAAUAUUUAGUAGUCCUGCCAUUAGCACACAGUAGAGCUCUAAUCCUGCCUUGCAGAAGGGAGCAUGUGGGUUUGGAGAAUGUCACAAUACUUGACAGAGUUCAGUGAGCCAUCACAGACAGUAAGAUGACCAACACCAGCAGUACUCAUGCAUCCCCAAACCAUGAUACUGCCUCCACCGUGCUUGACAUGGUGUAUUUGUUUGUAUUUUAAUUGGCACAAAAAUUGCUCAGCAACAAAAAUUGUGUCUUUUAAUAAAAAGCAUGACGUUCUUUAGUGGAUCACUGGAACCAAAAUGACCCAAUACUCAACAUUUCUUGUGUAUUUUUAUGGAGCCAAUCAAUUGUAAGUUUUUUAUGUUUUUUUUUUAGGAAUUGUUUAGUAUUUUGGUUGUGACUGUGCUUGAAGAUGUAAGAUUGAUUAUUAAUGCAAUGUUUCACAAAUGCAUGGGUUAGUUAACCCGAAUCCAUUUUUCCACCACUGUAUUUCUGUCAGAUACUUUGUAAUUAAAAGAACCAUUUUUAUUGUGUGUUUUCUGCAGCUGGAUGGGGGAACUGUCACACUGAGUAUGGAGGAGCUCAAGAGAGCUUAUCCCAACAUCAGAUCUUUGGUGGGCAACUCUGUGUAUGUCAAAGUUUCUGUGCUCACCAGCACAGAGAGCACACAGGCUGGCCUCAGACCUGAGCAGCAGGCCAAACAACAAAUCACUGUUCAGCCCUACGUGACUUUCACCUCGCGACAAAGAAACUACUUGUACAUCUCCACAGGAACCAACACAGUGUCUGUAGGAGACAGACUGUCCCUGAAGCUCAGCAUAUCUCUUGCUGAGCAGACACAAAGAGAAUUUGUCAAACACAUCACCUACCUUGUGCUCAAUAAAGGCAAAAUCAUAACUGCUGAGCACAUGAAUGUCACUGGCCAAGUGGUCACCAGCGUUGGACUGUCAGUCACACCAGAGAUGAUGCCAUCGUUUCGCUUUGUGGCAUUCUACAGUAUUCCCUGGCUUGCACUUGAAGAGGUGGUGUCAGACUCCAUCUGGAUAGAUGUGGCAGAUUCCUGUGUUGGAGGGCUCAAAGUCGGGCCAGUGGACGGCAUUUGCAGAGACUAUGCGCCUGGGAAGAGCUUCAGCUUUCAGAUCAGAGGUGACCCGGGUGCAAAAGUCAGCCUGGUGGCUGUGGACAACGCUGUGUAUCUUCUCAACAAGGACAGACUCACACAGAGGAAGAUUUGGGACGUGGUGGAGCAUGGAGACAUUGGCUGCACCCGUGGGGGAGGCCGAGAUGCUAAGGGGGUGUUUUCAGAUGCAGGACUGAUGCAGGACUGCUUUAGGACUGCUUUACUCCUCCAGUACCGGUGUUCAAAACUACAACCAGACAAAGUAUGUACGAGCAUGGAACAGCUGUCUGUUCUGUUUGGAGAAUUUCAGCCGUUUCUCACUCGAGCAACUUCCCGAGUUGACAACAUCGUACGUGCUGUUAACGUGUUUACAUGUGAAGGCAGAUAUCUACUUGUUUUAGAUUCUCCAGUCAGGCUAAUGAGCAAAACACAGAGUAGUUCACAGGAAUCAUCAUGUACUGUAAUACUGGUGAUUUUAAUGAUUUUUUUUUUUUUGGUCUGCAUUUGUUCUCAUUGUUUAACUCCACAAAAGAGGUGUCAACAUUGUAUGAGAUUGAUGCAUAUUAUAGUCUUGCAGCCAAAUAUUUUAAUAUUUAGUGCAUGUGUGUGACCAUCACCGGCCCUCCCUGAAAGCUAAGCAGAUAUUCUUUAUUAGAAUUCCCUAUGAUGAGCCAGGGAGGGCAGUGCUACACCUCAGUGAUGUGCAGGGGAAACAAAGACUGGACAGGACGAACAGGACGAACAGGAUGAAAAAGGAUAGAAAAUAACAGGCGGUGCUAUUGCAAUUAAAGAUUGUAAGGUGGUGUGUUAUUCCCAACUACUAACUGCCCAUCAAUAAAACAGAAAGAAAGGAAAAAAUAAUUAAAAAAAGAAAACCAACACAAAAGAAAAAGAGAUUCAAUAAAUAAAUAAACAAGUAGUACUGAGCACCAUAAUUGUGGAUGUCUUGACAGUAUAGAAUAGGAUGGAAUAGAAUAGGCCAGAAGAGGAUACCAGUGAAGGAGAGAAUGAGUUUAGGGUAGAGACUCUGGAGAGAUUCUCAGCACAUUCUGGUGGAUCCCAUCUUUCGCUGACAAUGGGACUCGGGAGUAGCUGGCGAGACCUGAUCAAACAUGCAAGUGUGAAGGACCCCGAAGCCCAGAACAGAAAUCACGGCAAGGCAGGGCCAAGCCAACAGGGCACCCCUCCCCCCGGGCCGUAGGAGCCACAGGGCGGCACCCCCAGAGAGCCACUGGGGCCACCGUGAACGACGCGGACCCAGAGAACAAGAGGGAGCAGCUACCGACACCCCCAGCACGCCAAGACCGACCCAGGCAGGCCGGGGCACGAGGACCCACCCGCCGCCCAAACCCCAACCCCGCCCACCCCAGCCCCCACCAGACCCCCUCACCCCACCAUCCCGCCCGCCCAACCCCACCCCCUCCCCCACCCCCGAGGGGGCCAACGGCCCCACACAGCCAGGAAGCCAGACACAGGGGCCGAGCGGCCCGCCGAAGGGAUGGCAACCAGCCCAGCACAAAGCAGGCCGCCACCGGGAGCCGGCCAGAGGAAAUCGGAGCCGGGACUCGAUGCGAGUCCAGAGGGUAAAAAUGGACAGUGUGGUGGGGCCCGGUGACGCCAACAGGGAGGCACCCCACAUACCCCCCGCACCAGGCCCCAGGUGAGCGCAGUACACCCAGGGCCCCCACACCCCACAAUGCGCCCUGACAACCCACCAGGACAGAGCCACCGCAUGCCACCAGCCCGCAGUACAGCCACAGCGCCCACCAGGACGGCCAAUCCAGCCCUCGCAGCCCACCAAGAGCCACCGCACCAGCCCGGACCCGUCGGGCACGCAAGAAAACCCCCCCAGGCCACAGCCCCCAGGUCCCGGGGACCCCCCAGCCACAGCAACACAGAUGAUAGUCCACCCCCGCCACCCCAUAGCCAUAAGGGGGCCGGGUCCCACCAGUGAGGCCAUAUUAGUGAGAUCCCCCCAUUACUCCCUAUUAAUACGUCUCCCGAUCCCAGACUGGAGACAUUAUCCCUGCACCGUGAUAUUGUAACCCUGAGUGUCAUGUGAUGCAUUAAAAGUGGAGAGGCUGGGUGAGGCGUCCAGGGGGCAGGCCAGAGGACCACAGAGGAUGGCUACUCUGCAGCCUACCCUGACCCAAGUUCCCCGAGCCGUCCCAGACCUACCCCCAAGCUGUGAGUGUGUGUGGUGCAUUAAAAAGAAAUUAGAGAGCAGGGGAGGCAAGCAAGAGGGUGAUGGGGAAGAGACAAGGCCGUAGAGCCCUGCCAUCCGCCCCACCACAGAGCCCAUUGUUCACGCCCCCACCUA